AUGCACCUUCGCACUACUUUGGCAUGUCUUUUCAUGCUCCAGGGGAGCCUUGCAUUGGAGCUCCACGAACAUGCAAAACGCGGCGCUGAAACGAACGCUACACUCUUUGCAUACGGUACCAACAGCUCUGUGUGGCCAAUCUCCUAUAGCGUGGACGAUGGCCUACUCUAUGUUGCCGAGAACCCAUCCAACGAAGAAGCCAAUCUUACCCCUGUGACUUGGGACCUAGCCUCUAUCACAGGUGAAUGCUGGAUAGCCAACGCGACAAUGGUGAACGGCACCAACGCUGGAUCGAUGUAUAUUAUGGAUAAGGAGGACUAUGCUGUUGGUAUUUUGCCACAGACCCGAGCUGCAUACACUAACGGGACUGUUUCUGGAUUCGCGCUGUUCGCUACACAGCUGGCGCAGUUCUGGGCGAAGGCGACGGACUAUGAUGGGGUUUAUAGUUUGAUGUGGACUUUGGACGAUGAUGAGCCGAAUGGUGAUUUUCCUGUUGUUGUUAAGGCGUCUGAGGAUUCGACUUGA